AUGCCAUCGAUCUCUGCAUACCUUGUUCCAAAUAUGGGAAGUCCUCCGACUUCCCCCUUGCCCCCGGCUGGGCGACCGAGGUCCAGGUCUAGCACCCUAUCCCGUGCAACUUCAUUCUCGUCGACGUCCUCAAGACGCUCUCAGCCUGAGGUUCCCCCAUUGCCGCCCAAUCUUCCCCCGGCUGAGCGAUCCAGGUCCCGGUCUAGCACCCUAUCCCAUGCGACUUCGUUCUCAUCGACGUCCUCAAGACACUCUCAGGUCCCUCCAUCGCCGCCCCCUCCGGAUGGGCGACCAAGGUCCAGGUCUAGCACCCUGUCCCGUGCGACGUCCUUCUCGUCAACAUCCUCAAGACAUCACGUCCCUCUCUCGCCAUACAACCGCGACAAAGCUCUUCCCGUCCCUCCACUCCCAACACGGUUCUCACCGUCGAAAGAUGCAUCCACUUCGUAUAAUAGCCAUCAACGCGCGUCCACAGCACCCGCACGUCCAACGACUGACCUUCCUCGGUUGUCGACUUCCCCCGAGACGCGUGUUCUUCCUGUGGGUCAUACCGGAGUCGUUCCUCGCUCCCAUGGGCCUUCAAAUACAGUCAAGAACGUUAGACGAAAGCGAACGAUUGGUGAUGGGGCAGACGUCGGACUGCUCGGUCCUGAGGUCGUACAGGUACCGGACACCACACACGCUUCCGUGAAGACGCUUUUGCACGAAGUUCAACUCUACAUCAGCCUGCUUUACUGCGCCAUCGAGGAGCGCUCUCCACGCAGUCAGAUGCUCCAGACAGCGAAGACGGCCGUCCAGUGGAAUACGAGGCUCUUUCAAGCCAUGGAUCCUGUGGCGAGGAACAGCUACGACCCGAGGGCAUUCUACGAGCUCCAACACGCGGCCGAAAUGGCUCUCUCUCAUCUUAUUAGUUACAUCCUCGCUGCGAGCUCUCUCACGGAUGACCUCUGGACUAUCGCUCCAGAUCUCUUGGAUAUGGUUGUCCGCGCUGUAGUUUUGUCUGUGCGUCUUAUAAGCCCGGAUAACCCUACUGGUACGCCCUUACCAUCUAGUGCGCAUGUCCCUGCUCCCGAGACUCCCCAUCGUCGAGCGUCCCGCGAUCGUUCAUCUCGAAAGUCAGCAACGUCGUCGCGGCUCUCCUCCAGCUCCGAAACUUCCUUAUUGUCGACCGCAGACUCCGAGUCAUCCCCAACGGCACCUACCCCCACGGCCGACGAGAAGGACGCUCAAUGGGUGUACUACGGCUUCUCCAAUAUUCCCCGAAAGCCACUUGCGCCGAACCAUCCGCUGUCUCCCCCGAAAGUAUGUCUCGACUACUCGAUAAUGAAAGUUAUUGGGCGUGGCUACGAUCCCGACAGUCGUGCUCCUUACGUCGUUCGCUCUGGCACACUUCGCGCACUCGUCUACGUUCUGACCGAGAAUCCGGAUAGUCAGCUCCGAGACGAACUCCAAGAGAUCUUCUUCACAUGUUUCCGCCUCUGGGGAGUUCAUGCUGUGUUCGACGCUCUCAUGGCUCAGUAUCCUCCGAGAGCGAGGGCCCAUGGACUCGACUCAGAAGUCUGGAACAAACACGCCAUCGCUCACCAAGCCACUCAACACCGGGUCAUGUCCCUAUUGACCACAUGGGUUCACUUUCAUUGGCGCUUUGAGGACUGGGUUGCUCUUGAUGCAUUGUAUGAGUUCGCCACCACGCAGACUCUACGCAUCUCUCCGGCCACCUCGGCCGCUGAGGACCUUGUGGAAUCUCUGGACGCUCUACGCCAAACAACUCAGGACCAACGCACAGGUCCUCGGAGCAAUGAUUCUGACCGUCGCAUGAAGCCCAAGUGGCUGGACCCCCACUACUAUUCCGCACCACAGGCGAAAUACAUGGAUGCACUGGUCCGCGACCUCGCCAAUGAUCACGCCACUAGCGGUAGCCCGGGGCGAUAUACUCUCGACAUCUCUCGUUUCGGAGGCAAGAAAUGGUGGAUUGCGCUGGCGUCUCAAAUCACGCUGGUCUCACACGAUUUGAUCAGAACCUUCCGCGCAGAGGACAUCAUCUCUCACGAUCAACACGGCGGUAGAAAGUGCAAGGGCUGUCCUACUUCUCGGCAGUUGGCAGAACUACGAACAUUUCACGAGGGGUUAGUCUUUUGGGUUCAAAGGAACGUCUUGGGGUUGGGAAGCACCGAGGAACGCAUGGACGGCCUGCGGAACUUCAUCGAGCUUGCUGAGGAACUACGCAGUCUCAAGAGCCUCGAUGCAUUCGUCGGUAUCCUUUCCGGCCUUGAUAGUUCAGCUAUACGGAAGCUGGAUGCGUCUUGGCAGCUACUCGGAAUGGAAUAUCCUGGGGCGUUGGAAACAUUCCAGAAAUUAUUGAAGGACCAACGGAAGCUCACUCAGGGAUAUCCCAACGCGGAGUCCUUCAUGAGACCCUUGGAAAAGCCAGUUGUCCCAUGCUUCGCUCCUUUCCUCAAUGCUUUCGACCAUAACAUGCAUGGUGGCAAGACGACGGUGAGGUCUGAGAGUGGCAACGACCUCAUCAAUCUCGAACCUUACCGAGCGCUCACCAGAGCAUCGCGUCUCCUCGAUAGCUACCGCAUUGGCUACGAUUUCGUGCCUAUGCCCCAUUUGCAGGGCGCUAUUAGGGAUACGAUGAUGGUCGGAAUCGAGACGAUAGCAAUGCAAGAAGCCGAGAGGAUGUGUCUGUUGGACAUAGCUUCCAAUUUGCGCAAACAUGGGGGCGAACUCGUACCUGGCUUCGAACUCGACGACGGGCUCAAGCAGGAGAAUAUGGUUGAAGUCCCACCUACGCCCGGUCAGAAAAGGCAUAUCCGUCGUCCUUCGCUUCUCGAUACUGCGGCCGAGUUCCUUGCGCGGAAAUUGAGCAAUGACGAAGGCCCGCGGAGUAAAGCCCACGGCAGGACCCCCAGCAAGGGCUAGACUGACUCACUUUCGCUGUUCUUUCUCUCCUUCCUAACGAACCUCAUAACGAAACUCUAUUUAUGCCUCGCUGUAGUUACUAACAGAGGCGCCAUUAUAUCUGUCACGCUCCUUUCCAUCUC